GGGAGGCGGCGGCGGCGGCGGCAGCGGCGGAGCAUGGCCGGCAGGGAGGCGGCGGCGACCCCGGCCCCGGUCCCGCACGGGGGGGCGGCCCCGCAACGCGCCCCGCACCUGCACCUGGCCGAGCUCAGCGCGUCCCAGUUCCUCGACGUCUGGAGGCACUUCGAUAGUGACGGAAAUGGCUACAUCGAAGGGAAAGAGCUGGAAAACUUCUUCCAGGAGCUGGAAAGCGCUCGGAAAGGGGCCGGGGUGGACUCGCGGAAGGACAAGCUGGGCGACAAGAUGAAGGAAUUCAUGCACAAAUACGACAAAAACGCGGAUGGCAAAAUCGAGAUGGCCGAGCUGGCCCAGAUCCUGCCCACGGAGGAGAAUUUCCUGCUGUGUUUCCGCCAGCACGUGGGCUCCAGCGCGGAGUUCAUGGAGGCGUGGAGACGGUACGACACGGACCGCAGCGGCUACAUCGAGGCCAACGAGCUCAAGGGCUUUUUGUCCGACCUGCUGAAGAAAGCAAACCGGCCGUACGACGAGCCCAAGCUGCAGGAGUACACGCAGACCAUCCUGCGGAUGUUCGACAUGAACGGGGACGGGAAGCUGGGGCUCUCCGAGAUGUCCCGGCUUCUGCCAGUGCAAGAGAACUUCCUCCUGAAGUUUCAGGGGAUGAAGCUCUCCUCGGAGGAAUUCAACGCCAUCUUCGCGUUUUAUGACAAGGACGGGAGCGGCUUCAUCGACGAGCACGAGCUGGACGCGCUGCUGAAGGACCUCUACGAGAAGAACAAGAAGGAGAUGAGCAUCCAGCAGCUCACCAACUACCGCCGCAGCAUCAUGAGCCUGGCGGACGGCGGCCGGCUCUACCGCAAGGAGCUGGAGAUCGUGCUCUGCAGCGAGCCCCCCGUCUAGGUUCCCUCCACCCUCCUCCUCCUCCUCCUCCUCCCCGUGCCCCGGCUUCGUUCCCCCGUUAAAAUCAGGCAUAAACAUCUAUUUUUUUAAUUUAUUUCGUUUUUUUUUUUUUUUUUUUUUUUUUUUUUUUUCCCAUCCACCCCGUUGCUUUUCGGUUGUUUUCGUUUAUUUCUCGGAGGGGGGGAUGAUUUUGGGUUGAUUUUAUUUAUUUAUUUAUUUAUAUUAUUUUUUUUUUUCUCGGUUACCAAAGACGAGCUCGCAAACAAAGCUGGGAGGGGGCCGCGGCACCGCGGGGGCUCAGCUGGGCCGCCUCGCCAGGGCAAAAACAAUAGGUUUAGAGCAAAAAAAAAAAUAAUAAAAAAAUGGAAAAAAAAAAAA